GAGAGACUAUAUAAUUUUGUAUCUCAAAAAUAUCUUAACUUUUUCUUUUUCAGUUAUAGAUAUAAACUCGAGUUCGGAGAGUCAAAGAGGGGCCCCGUGUUCGUUUCAAAAUUCCCGCGAGAAAGUUCGUUUUCUAUAGAGAGCAGAGAAGUGCUCCAGCGAUAUGCGACUUCAAGCGUUAGAGUUCCUCAUUCAAUCUGCUCGUAAACUUGAAGUUUUACCGAUCGUCAAGUAUUCUGCGUUAGCCCUCUUCGCCGAUCGAUUCUACCCUUCUUUCUCCAGGUUCACUAACGGAAAUGACACAAGACAUUGGCUUUUGGAACCAAUAAGGGAGAGCAGUUUGCAGCUAUUUUCCAUUGUUUCCAUAUGGAUCUCAAGCAAGAUCCAUGAUUCUCCUCCAGUGUCGGUUAAGAGUUUGAAGUCUCUAGGUGACAAAAUGAUUAAGGAACAGCAUUUUACAACUCGAGAUUUCCUUGAAGCAGAGGUGGUCUUUAUGCAGGUAUUGAAUUUUGAGAUCGGCACAUCAGACAUUGCUUACACAUUCCUUGAAGAGCUUCUGGCACAGUUUAGGGAAGUUGUGAGAGUUGGGGAACUUGUGAAAUUUGAAGCAUGCAUGGACAUCAUGGAUCUUCUUUAUGAAAAGGAGGAGACAUCAAUUCUUUAUUGUUCUCCUUGUUCUCUUGCUGCAUCCAUUCUGAUUGUUGCAUACGUUAUAACAGUGCCUAAACAGAAGUGCGAGUUUCCUAUUCUUCUUUGGGUGAACUUCAUAACCGCAUGCAAAGAAGAGGAAAUUUUACAAAUGAUCAAAGGCAUUCUUAAUCAUAUAUUUGGUAUUCUACCUAGACAUAAGGAAUAAUCUCCUUGGUUAUGUUACACAACGUUAAAACCAUUGGAUUAAUGAUGAGAUGCUAUGACCACAUACAAAUCUUCAAUCUUGUGGAUUUCAUAAUAUGAAUACUUAAGACACUUGUUGACUUGAUUGCAUUACGAAGAGGUUAGAGAACACAA